AUGAUGAGGAGGAAACGCCUCCCAAACCACAGACCCUCAUAUUUCACCUCUUACCUCUUUAGACUCUCAGUCGUUUCUGAUUGUCUGCAAGAGACACAGAGAGGAGCAAUGAUCACUGCUAGAGAGACACGAACAUCUUUAUUUCUAACGCUGAUGCUUUACUUAACAGCUACAGCAGCUGGACAGGAUCAGUUCCUGACAGUCAGAGUUGGUGAUGAAGCCACUUUGCCUUGUAGAAAUGUGAUCUGCACCAGAAAUCAAUGUGGCGGCAUCACCUGGAUGUUCAGUGAUAAAAGAUCAUCAACACUGUUUGAAAAAGGGCAGAUAACUGAAGCUGCAGCAGCAAAAUCAGACAGACUGAAGGUUACAUCAGGCUGUUCUCUGGUUAUGAAGAACGUCUCAGUGGAGGAUGUCGGUCUUUACACCUACAGACAGUUUGUAAACGGACAGCAAGAGUCAGACGACGCCAAUAUUUAUCUGUCCGUUAUUCACAUGGUUAAACAGAAGCAGAAAGAUAAACUCAUCCUAACCUGCUCUGUGACGGAUUAUAUCGACUGCAGACACACAGUGGAGUGGCUGAAUGACGGUGGAGAGGAAAUGAUGUCAGACAUGGAGGAACCAGAUCAGUCCUGCUCUGAUACUGUGAUGAUUCCAGCAUCUGACAGGAACUGGAAGCCAAAGAAAUCUGAAAACUUAAAGUGUAAAGUUACACAUAAAUACACUCACAACGUGCAGCUGGUCACCUACAGGAUUCAGACGUCUGAGCAAACAGAUAAAGAGUCAGCAGCUGAAAUGACCACAACACAAACCCCAAUAACAGCCACGACAGAAGAAUCAAACAAAUGGACGUUUAGAGCAAUUAAUUCAUCUACAAAUGUCAAUUUGUCAAAAACUCCAGGAUGGGUUUGGUCGUUCGUUAUCCGUUCUGUGUGUUUGGCAGUGAUGAUAGUAACUGUUCUGGUGAUCAUCAGAUGGACGAAAACUAAAGGAAAAGAAGAAGAAAGUGAAAUGAGUGAAUGA